AUGGUUAUAUUAAUGCCUCAAGAAGACAAGGUUAGAACAACAUUGAUACCAGGUCAUGCUAUUCUUGAUGUCUGUAUUAAGGAACCGGAUUCGAGUAUAAAAAUUCAAAAACAGAAAUCUAUGGAUUCAACAGUAAUUUGCACAACCAAUAGAAAACAGAAGGUUCUUGGAUGGUUAAAAGAAAAUUUGUUACCAGUUACUGAAAUGAAUGACAACAUCGUUUUUGGGAAUGUAAUAAUCUUACCUCCAUACCAGGUUACAGAUAUAUGCACUAACAGCCCAAUGGUCGCGAUGCAACUUGUAAAUAUUAUGAAUAAAAUGCCAGAUGACUAUAAUCCACCAUAA